AUGGACGAUGCCACCGUAUUGGAGUACGAAAUGCCGGGAGAAGGAUACAACUUUCGAGACGUGACGGGCCUUUUUGAGCAGGCGAGCGCUGAAAUAGAACCGGAUACAGCGCUCUUCAUGGAAAACUUCACGCUGCAAGAAGCGAUGAGUGCUCUUGAGAUUGGUGAACCCCGACUGGAUAGCGGCCUGAUCCCGAAGGAACAGCAAGGGCCUAUCUUUGAUCCUCUUACACCACUGCUACCGGAGGAAGUAUGUUGGAUUAUGGAUCGAGCAAUGGCGUACGAGAUGGAGUUCCAUGCAGGCAAUUUUCUCGCGCAUACGGUUCAUGCUUUGCUCUACGUACAUCACCUGCAAGACAUGGAGCCCGAUCUCAUAGUGCCACAGCCGGUUUUCUCCAGCGAUCCCUCACGACCUAUUGAGCUUAUCACUCUGGUUCUUCGAGCUGCGGUCCAAGGACUACUGAAAUGCUGCGAUAUUACCUGGAGAGAGCUGGCGAAGGGUCCUCUGUACGAUACAGAGGACUGGCAAGGGGACAAAUGCGAGGUUUCCCUCCUAGAAGGCGUGCCAACACACUUCGUGAUCUCAGGACUUGAUGACGCGUUUACGUGGCUUGCCCAUGCUCACGACAUUCCAUCGAACUGGAAGACGGCGCUGCAGAUUCGGGUUCUCUUCCGCAAAACUCUCCUUCAGACCAUGAGCAUAGAUGCAGCCAAGAACGGAAGCGACUUCCUCCGAUUCGUAUUUCUAGCCCGGGACUACCUACAGACCCUGGAGCACUACCCCUCAGUUGAACCUGGACCGGAUUCUCCUGCACUGCUCACCUUCGACCCCUUCAUCGGCCGCCAACUCCAGACGGCCACUCCAAUACGCGUCAUCCCGCCUCCAUCUCUCAAGGAGACUUGCAAGGCCCUUCACAGAUUGCUGGAUGGCUUGUACGAGAUCAGCCUUCUCGCCACAACCGACCGGCUAAGUAUUUGGGACGCAUUGGGAAAUACGCGCCAGUGGAUACCCGACCCACCUCAAUGUGUACCUUACAUACGAUCGCUGACUCAGUCUACCUUUUCCGAUGGCGUCCUUAUACUCAACAGGUACACUUUUGGUUGGAUGAUCAAUCAGUUCUUCCUCGAAUCUGUUGGAGUCUCCUAUGAUUCCAUUUAUGCCAUGGUGUCGUCCAGAUGGGACGGGGAUGACCAAGAGCUUCUAAAAAAUGUCGGACGUGCACUGGUCAAGGUAGUUGCACCACAUAUUCGAGCACAUUGGCAUAACCCACCUCGAAGACGCCGGCAUUUCAUGAAGUCCUUGGUUGAUUGGCACACACUCUACGACACACUGGUGCAGGUUCAGGAGAAUCUGAGCUUAGAGGAUGUUCCGAGAAGACACUUCCUCACAAGGCUGCCGGAUAUCGCUCUUCUGUGGCGGCUUUCUGUUGUUCGCGAGGUCGUGCUUUCUGGUUUUCAACUGGAACUCUACGCCAAGGAGGAGAGAGCUUUCGCGUAUUGGUACGCGACGCAAGUCAUAGAUGCACAUCUGAAAAGUCUGGAUCAUCUAGUGCCAGUCGUACUAGAAGAAUCCCCAGUACACUGCGAGAUGUUAUUCCAAGUCCAAUUCUUGACGGCUCUGCAAGCAUUAUGUACAGCGUCAUUCCUGGUAUCCAUGCCCCUCAUGUCAUCCGACUGGGACGGCAUGCGACCCAAUUUCUACCGGCGGUACAAGUGGGCCUUCCGAGCCGAGUACGACGCCUCCGAUGUGCCCGUUGUCGCGCAGCCCGAGUUGCAUGCAUUCAUCCGGACCUGUGCUGAAAUCCUCGAGGGCGGCAACCCGACACCGGCUGACGACGUUGAGCUUGCGCGUACCGUCUUGACCGACCUCAUUGUGUCUACAAAUACUGGUGGUUGGGCAGGGUCGUGGGGCCAGGAUCGAACACAAGCCCUUCAAAACCUUGUUGCUGUUUGUGACAGCCUAUCCCAUCUCCCCGGCAGUGUGGAGGUGAUGGAAACCUUUGAUGCUUCGUCACUGAAAUGGGAUCCUGGUUUCCAUCCUUGGUUCCCUUCUCUCCAACAUCUAGAUUCUUCAAGCGCUUCAACACCUUAG